UCAAAAGUAAGGUAGAUUAUCGGGGUCACCGGGUGCGUUUGUUGGUGUGACACCGGAAGUGUUAGCCUGGUUAAAAGCCAGUUGACAAAGGCUAGCUAGGUUUAGCUGUCAGCCGGGUUUCGUGAUUCUGUUGGGAUGGAGGUAACACGGACAAAUUUUAAAGAAUCUUUGAGCGAUGUGUACAGCGCUAUAGACGAGGCGGAUUUCCUUGCCAUCGAUGGAGAAUUUUCAGGGAUAAGUGAUGGUCCAAGUGUCAGCGCUUUAACAAACGGAUUGGAUACGCCAGAAGAGAGAUACGUCAAGCUGAAAAAGCAUUCCAUGGACUUUCUGUUGUUCCAAUUUGGAUUGUGUACCUUCAAAUAUGACCAGGAAAAGUCCAAGUAUAUCACAAAACCAUUUAAUUUCUAUGUAUUCCCAAAACCCUUCAGUAGGACAUCGCCAGAUAUAAAGUUCAUCUGUCAGAGUUCAAGUAUUGACUUCUUGGCCUGUCAGGGAUUUGACUUCAACAAGGUGUUCUGUCACGGAAUCCCGUACCUAAAUCAGGAGCAGGAAGCGCAGCUGAGAGAGCAGACAGAGGAGAGGAGAAAUCAACACGCUAACGGUCUGGGGACGCCGUCCUUCAUCUCUCCCUCCUCCAAAACGCCUGCAAAUGUGCCUGAUGAGCAGAAAGACUACAUCAACAAAGUUGUAGAAAAGGUUGAAAAACUUUUCAGUAGCAACAAGGAGACUUUGGAUUUGGAACCAUGUUCUGGCUUCCAAAGAAAGUUGAUAUACCAGACUCUGAGUUGGAAGUUUCCCAAAGGUCUUCACGUGGAAACCAUGGAAACGGAAAAGAAAGAGCGAUUCAUCCAAGUCAGUAAAGUUGAUGAAGAAGAGAGGAAGAGGCGGGAACAACAGAAACUGGAGAGAGAACAGGAGGAGCUGAACGACGCUGUCGGCUUUUCAAGAGUCGUCCACGCCAUUUCUAAAUCUGGUAAACUUGUUGUCGGCCAUAACAUGCUCCUGGAUGUGAUGCACACGAUCCAUCAGUUCUACUGUUCUCUGCCACAGGACCUUCAAGACUUUAAAGAGGUUACAACGUGUGUCUUUCCAAGACUUCUGGACACUAAGUUGAUGGCCUCAACUCAACCAUUUAAGGAGCUGAUCAAUAACACGUCUCUGGCAGAGUUAGAGAAACAAGUGAAAGAAAGCCCCUUCAAGGCACCUUCUGUUGAAACGGCAGAGGGCUUCCCCAGCUACGAUACGGCUCAGGAGCAGCUGCACGAGGCCGGAUACGACGCCUUCAUCACAGGCCUGUGCUUCAUCUCCAUGGCCAACCAUCUGGGUUCCUUCUUGACUCCACCAAAAGCUCACAUCUCCGCUCACUCCAAACUCAUUGAACCGUUCUUCAACAAACUCUUCCUCAUGAGGAUUAUAGAUAUUCCCUACCUCAACAUAACCGGACCGGACUUGCAACCCAAGAGAGACCACGUUCUUUAUGUGACCUUUCCAAAGGAAUGGAAGACGAGUGACCUGUACCAGCUCUUUAGUGCCUUUGGGAACAUUCAGGUGUCCUGGAUAGACGAGACAUCUGCUUUUGUGUGUUUAAGUCAAACAGAUCAGGUUCAAAUAGCAAUGAACACAAGCCGCUACGCAGAGAGCUACCGGAUUCAGACGUACGCCGAGUACAUCCACGAGAAACGGCAGAAGGAGGAAAAGCUCGGACAAACUUCCAAGUCAUGGGGGGAGGACGGCUGGAUGAAACCCCAGUACCCCUCCUCCACAGCGGGGUUUGGAUACCACAGGAUGAGGAAACGCAGCAUCAGCCCGGCUUCGGGAGAGCAGGGAAUGGAGGACGCUCUGACUGCAGAUGGAUGGAGCCACUACUCCGAUAACAAAGACGGCAAGAAGAUGAAGCUCGACGAUGCAUGUGGAAAGGCCAGUGUUGAGGCCGCUGAGAGCAAGACAUCCGAGGAAUGGUUAAACACAACGACGAAUAAACAAUAUUCUUCCAGCUUAAGCCCAAGUCCUGAUGGUUCAGAUCCAGAUAGUCAGGCUGAAGGAGCAAAACGACCUUCAACAACCUCUGGGAGGAAAAGUCAAAAGAACAAGAAAAAGAAGCCUGAAGCACCUGACUCUUCAAGCUCUUUGUUUGAAGUCCCGGAGGUUUGGUAGCAACAGAUGAAGGGCAGAAGGACCCCUCUCCACUCUGGGCUCCCGCUCAGAACCUCCUCGGAAGCACUUGGUCCCUCACAGCACAGAGUGCUGCAUGCAUGGAUUCAUUCGUUCACUCGUAACUGUGAAUGCAGCGUCUAAAGCAACCAGCAGAACUUCUUCAUGACAGAGAACACAAGCCAUAAGAGCAGCCAUACUUUUUGAUCCUGCACCUGGAGGAAGUAGACCCGCCUCCUUCCUUCUGGUGCCACACUGUAGAUAAUAAAAGUGCAACCGUUUUCCACAGCAGCAGUCACUGUGGACUCAUUCCUAAAUGUAGAUGGUUUUGUCUCCUCCGCGGUGUGUUUACUGUCCUCUUCACAGAGGUUUGUGCAGGAAGAUGUAGAUUUUCAGAAGUGACUGUUUACCUGUAAAUUGGUUUCAUAAAGCAAAAGUUGCUGUGCUCGACAUUGUCCAGUUGAUUUUUGACAUUUUAAAACAGUCACGUUUUGUCAUUUUAGGAAAAUUAACUUGCCGUUUUUACUAAAACACAUGGUCUUAUUGAUAAUAUUGUGACAUUUAUAUUUGGUG